GAGUCGGCCGUCCGUGAUAGCCCGUUAAAACUUAAAACCAAAUUUGGCCCUAUCGUAUUUUGUCGUUGGAUUUUGCUAUGGCUCUGACGGUGUCGGGUUUGAAGAUUGCUGCGGUUGGAUUAACGCAGCGUGCUUGUCGGCCAACGCUUUUACAAGCUGCCAAAUAUUCGUGGGAACCGAAAGAAGUUGAAACUCAUACCGGUCAGAAAUGGGAAAAAGACGAUUAUCGUUUGGCGCGUUUCAUUGACAAAAAGAAGGAAGUGAACCAGUCGUUCGCCAUUGAUCUCAUCAAACAAGUACCACCCAAGCCGUGUACUGAGCGUGUUGUAUAUUGCGACGGUGGCGGCGGACCUCUGGGUCACCCAAAAGUCUACAUAAAUUUGGACAAACCAGGGAAUCAUGCUUGCGGAUAUUGUGGCUUACAGUUUGUCAAGAAGGAUAGUCAUUAAAAAUUAUUACAUUAUUCAACCAAAUUUCUUGAAGAUUAUUUAGAUUAUCAGAUAUCGAAUAAUAACAACUUGUAAAUUGGAAUCUGUUUAUAUUAGAAAUAAAUCACAUUUGUUAGAAAAAAAAUCUAGUUUUGAUUGAAAUUUUGUUUAUUUUUUGUAACACAGAAAGGAUAUACAUUGAUAAAUAUUUUUUAUAAAAAAACCACCAACCAAUUUUUUACCAGAAACGGUAGAAACUACCUUUAUAGUAAAAUGUUGAAGAAUUUUUAAGUCACCAAAACGUAAAGAGAUACAUUCAUUGCUCUGCUCAAAAUCCAAAAAUGUGAUUUUUAUUAUUACUUUAAUGCUUACACUAUUUUUAUUCAACUUAAAGUAUAGAGAAUAUAAUACAAUUUAGUAUGUUCAGUCUAAAACAAUAGAAUUUUGAAUGUAAUUAAGUUUAUCCUUUUAUUUUUUUACUCAUGGUAUUUAAAUGUCUAUGAAAGUUCAAAAUAUGCAUUAAAUGAAAAAAUAAAAAUAGUUUUAAAGAAGCUUACAGUCGGGUAUAAAAUAUAUAAUUUGUUAGAUUAACAACAACAACAUAACAUGAAAUACAACAUACAAAAAAAUAUUUCUGAAAACAUAGUAAUUACCUAAUUAGAGAAAGUUUCACUCUAUAUUUUUCUGUCCAAUAAAUUGUAACUACCUACCAAGUACUUUUAACACCUAAAUUAUAAAUACUAAUACAAAUUCAUAAAACUGUAGUUUAAAUUGAACAAGGUGUUAUUUAACUUGUGCAAUAAUUACCAAUAAAUUAUUAUAUUAGUUUAUAGCCAGUCUUGUAAAGUAUUCGAAUAAAAGUAUUUGAAUACUUCUA